UUCAGUUUGUAGUUGGUAGCAGAUUUUCUUGUCAAUUUUCAACACUUUUCUCUUUUGAGUAAUGAAUGGCUGUAUGUUUUGAUUGUCACGUUUGGAGGAGUUUGACCCGCACUGCAGUGGGGUCGUGUGGAGUUGAACGGGUUGCUCUAGCAGAGUUUGCCCAUGCUCUGCUACAAGCUAUGGAGUUGCCCAUCGAUUCCGUGGUCCUUCGGGGCAUGUCCCACCUUCUGUCCAAAGCACCGGAGUCGGCUCGUCAGCUGUUUGAAUUGAUGGCGGAGCACAACGACUUGGCAGCGUCGCUCGUUGAUGUCUGGCUCACCAAGGAGGGCAGCAAUGCUCCCUGUAGACCGGUGGCAUCGACGAAGUGCGCGUCACAGUCGUCAGCAGGAGCACAGCCGUCGCUGGACGAUGAGCGGCCUUCCUCUCUUGCCACUUCAUACGCUUCGGCAGGGAGUGGUGGUGGCGUUACGGCGAAGCCGAGCAGCAGAAAGGAGGCUCGGCCCAAGACCAAGCAGGAGCUCUUCCUGCCCGACCUGCACAUGCGCCCCGAGACCAAGGGCAGGUCGCCCCCGCAGGACGGGGUACGGUCGCUUGGCAACGCGGACGGCGCAGAGCCAGCGGACGCACCCAGUGCUUUGUUCUCUGUGCCAGCGGCCGUGAAACGGAAGGCGCCGGCGCCAGAAGGCCGCGACGGCGAGCAGAAGCCGACGAGCCGUAUCAAAAUGGCCCCGCGCGGCAUAGCCAGGAGUGGCGGGCGAUCUGCCCACCAAGCAGGGCCAACACCGCCGCGCCCGAGCGCCGUUGCCAAGGACGCAAAGGCGCUUGGCAGCCGCGUGCGCCCGCCGCCGACCAAUGGAGGCAGUGCCAGAGCGUCGUCUGAGGAGGACGUUGCCGUGACGUUAUCUCCUGUCAGUUGCCACGGCUCCAACAACAGUCUCGGCGACGCGUCUCUUCCGGCGAGUCGCACGGCCACUGACGAUGCUGGCACAAACAACAACCACCACCGCCGCAAUGGCGCUAACGGCAGCGCUAACAACCCUGAUCGGCUUGAAGGAGACAGCAGCGACAGCGAUGAUUACAGUCUGCUGCAUUCGUCCACUGACCGCAGUUUCAAAGGUCGGAAACGGGUCCGUGCGUUCUCGUCGUCCGAUGAAGACGACGACUCUGAUGCGUUCAGCGACAAUGGCCGUGUGAUCAGCAAUGGACGCGGGAUCAGCAGCAACUCGUCGUCUUCGUCGCGGACAGCGCGACCGCCUCGCAAGUGCAAGCCGCCCGAUUCUGCGCUGUUCGAUGGUAUUACCAUCAGCAGCAGCGGCAGUGGCAGCGAUGACGAAGCUGACGAUCAGGAUUCGGCGUUGUCGCGGUCUCACUCGCCGACCAACGGUGACAGUGCUACUGGCUCUGGACCAUUGUCGUCGACGAAAGCUGGCGGCAUCGGCACGCAAGGGUCUGUCCGACCCAACUCGGCCCACAGACUGCCUACUAAGCCGCUUGGCCUGGGUUCACGCUCCAGUGGUGGUGGUGGAGGCAGUCACACGCCAGACACUCCGAGCCGUUCGUUUCCGCCCGCCACGACCCCGACCGGCAGCUCUCGCCCCGCGUUCUUCAGCCAGUCCAGUCGGAGCAGCACGUCGGGCUCGACGUCGUCGCGCCCCUCCAGCUCCAGCAGCACGGGUAAUCGAAAGUUCGAGGCCAUGAAGAAGCAGGCGAAGAAGCUAUCGCAGGGACGCGUCGCACGGAAGUAGCGCAAUGGUGAUACGCAGCUGUGAUGUGUCUUGCCGUAUGUCUGCACGUCGUCAAUGCUGCUUGUGUCGUAGCAGCAUCUCCACAUACUCAAGCUCAAGCCGCACGGCCAAUCGAAAGUUCAAGGCCGUGAAGAAGCUCUCGCAGGUACGCGCACAACGCGACGAAAGUAGAGCAAUGAUCCGCCGCUGAUGUGUCUUGUCGUACGUCUGCAUAUUGUGUUCGAAUGCUGCUUUUGUUGUAGCGGUGUCUCUAUACAUGGGCCCCUCUUUAACUUACUAGCUCAAGCGACACGCUCAAUCGAAAGUUCGACGCCACUAAGAAGCUGUCGCAGGUGCGCGCCACGCGAAACUAGCGUAAUGAUCCGCAGCUGUGAUGUGUCUGUCAGUUCUAUGUGUGUGUGCCAGUCUGCACCUCUUGUUGUGGUCAGUGCUGCUCGUGUGAUAGCGGUGUCUACAGACGGGAGCUAGCAUCUCUGGUUUGUGCCGGCACUUGCGGGCGAAUUCCCGCACUGGGACCUCUCUUAUUAUACUAUUCAUCAUACAAAUACACACACGCACACGCACAUUUUUCUCCAUGUUUCGUCUCCGGUGCUGGCAUCGUUUGUUUUCUUGAUUUUUAAAGUGGUAUUUUUUGUGAAAAACCUCGAUUUUAUCCUUGUUGCAAGAAUGCACCCUUCCCCCGGAUUUAUUUCUCCUAAUCCUCGUAAAAAAAAUUAUUAUGAUCGCAUCGCAGCAGUUUGCAUUUUA